AAGAAGCCAGUGCUCAGUCCUUUCUGCUGGCACUCAGCAGACAGCUGCUUCAAUAACUGUGCUUGUGUCUUGCACCCGUAAUGUACAUGGCAAGAUGCAACUGCUUCUGGAACGGAGCACAACCGCUGCCACUUUUAACACAGCUGCUGUUUUGGAAAGCGAGAGAGUCUGCUUUUGGGUAGUGACCCUUUCAGACUCUUGCUGUUCAGUUCCAGGCUGCCUUGGACAGAGAGAAAGAGUUUGGCAAUCCUGUGCCUUUAAAACUGCAGUUGUCCAUGCCAGGGCCUCUGACCUCGUCCUCCUCAGCUGAGUUGGAUUAAGAAGUGGGGGGCGGGGGGGGGAGGUUGGUGACUUUAAUGCUUGUAAAUUCUUUCACUUCCCAGGAGCUGGCAGGCCUCUUGUCCCAUGAGCCUGCCUGCCAGGAAGCCAAUGGUCUUUGCUGGUGGUGGAGGCUACGACAAGCGCUGUUGGUUCAAGUGCCCAGUCAGGCUCUCUGUGUUAGAAAAAUCAAGCCUUCGGCAUAGUCCCCACUGUGGUCCUGGAAGGGAGCCCUCACUGCUGUCUUCUCCUUGCCAAUGUGGUGAAUAUCAGAAGGCCAAAAUAAGGGGAGCUGGUGUGCAGCCACGAACCGGAUGCCGCAAGAGGUCGGGGGAUGCAGCAGCCUAGGACGGGCAGGGAUCCUGUCCACGUUCCCCACGCCUUCUCCCACAACCAUGAAGGACUACACAGAGGUCAUCUUCCAGCCGGAGGUGCUGGAUCAGAGCAAGGAAAAUGCCAGCCCCCUGGCUCCACCUUUGCCGCGGUUCUUGCUAACAGAAUUCUCCAACCCCGUGUUUGAGGAGGACGGCGAGGCACCAGCCCAGAGUCAGCCAGACGUUGAGAACAGAAACAGCACCAAACUCUCCGCCAACGGCUUUGCCCAACAGGUCCGGGACAUGGCAAGCAGGAAGUUCAAGCCAGACUGCAAGUUCUCCUGGCUCUGCGUGGCCAUUCUCAGCACGGUGCUUCUCCUCCUCCUGGCCUUAUUGGUGGGCAUCAUCAUCGCCUCCCAGCUGAAGUCCCACCAUCCCGUCAAACCCUCGCUCGGGGCUUCUCAUGCCCAAACCAUCACCGCUACCUCAACUCCCAUCCCCAGGACCUCACCAAGCCCCCAGCCCACAGGGACGCUGUCCCUGGGAGGAGAGUCGCCUGUCACCACAACGCCAGCACCUCUAUGUGGAGGGAUCCUGCUUGGCCCCAAGGGCACCUUCAGCUCCCCCAAUUACCCAGCCCCCUACCCCCCAAACAUCUUGUGCAAGUGGCACAUCCGGGUGACGGCAGGGAUGGCAAUCCAGCUGAAGGUGGAGGAGCUAGACAUUGAGAGUUCUGCCUCAUGCCUGUACGACCGGCUGGAGAUAUUCAAGGAGCAGGACGCUUCCUCGUUGUGGGAUGGGAGUACCAGGUACUGUGGCUCCGUGGCACCGGCAACGAUCAACACCAACUCCAGCCAGCUUCAGGUCAUCUUUGUCUCAGAUGACAACAUUGCUCCCUCGGGCUUCACUGCCUGGUAUCGGGCCGUUCUGCCCAGUGAAAAGAACUGUUCCUGGGAUGAGUUUCUCUGUGACCAGGGGCUCUGCCUCCACUCGGCCUACGUGUGUGACGGUUAUCACGACUGCCAUGACAAGAGAGAUGAAGCCAACUGUAGCACAAAGCACAAAGGUUGUGGAGGGACCCUCACCAGCAUGGAAGGGCAAUUAUUCUCCCCAAAUUACCCACAGCCAUACCCACAUCUGCAGCUCUGCCUCUGGCAUAUCUCAGUGCCCGUGGGCCACGUGGUGGACUUGCAUUUCCACAACUUCAGCCUCGAGUCCCAGGAGGAGUGCAACUAUGACUUUGUGGAGGUGUACGACAGCGCUGGGAUGGGAGCAACCAGCGUCAUGGGCAGGUUCUGCAGCUCUAACUUGCCCCCUGUCCUGACCUCCUCACAGCACGUCAUGACAGUCCUCUUUGUGGCGGACGAAGGAAUAGCUGACAACGGGUUCUUUGCCACUUACCAUGCCCACAACGCCACGGAAAAAACAUGCAGCCCCCUGGAUUUCUCCUGCAGAAAUGGCGAGUGCCUGUCUCAGGCGUUGGUGUGCGAUGGCUGGCACAACUGCCCGGAUGGGAGCGACGAAUUCAACUGCACCAGCCUCACCUAUGCAUCUUUUGAGCCGUCCUGUGAGCCAAUUGAGGUGGAGAUGUGUUUGGGUCUCAGUUACAAUACCACCUCUUUCCCCAACAUCUGGCUGACCAUUAUGGAUCAGCAAGAGGCAGAAGAGCAUCUUGAAGACUAUAUGAUGCUGAAGGACUUCUCUUGCUAUCCAUCUCUGCGCUUGCUCCUGUGCAGCCUCUUUGUACCCAAGUGCACCCCAGACGGGGGCAUCCUGCAGCCGUGCCGCUCCGUGUGCCUGGCAGCCGAGCAGAGCUGCCAGCAAUCCCUCAGCCUUCUGGGUCUCCCGUGGCCCCUGAACUGCAACGUCCUGCUAGAUUCCAACAACCCUUUGGAGUGCUUCCUGCCAUAAAAGGGGCUGCCCCGCUCCAUCCGCAACCUCUAUUUCACGUGCCGUGUAGCUGAAUGCUCCUCUCAUUGCCCAGCUUGGUGGGAGACCCUUUGGAGGCCGCCAGUUCCCGAGCAGAAGUUCCCCAUCAGAAGAAAUUCUUCACCAGAAGACCUUGGGAUCUGAGCUACAAUGCUUUGUAGGCCAUCCACUGACGAACGUCUCUCCAAGGAAUCGGUGGAAUCUGAGCAACAAGAGGACAAUUUGCAGUUUGGGGUUGAGUCUUUAGAUUGUAAGCACCUUGGGUCAGAGGCUGUCCUCAUACCCUUUGUAAAGUUCUAUGCGCCUUGAUGGUGCCCAUAUAAAUAACUUGGAUAAUAAUAUAUCAGAGGCUACAGGGGGCUUCCAUCAUAAUUAGAGCUGUAAUAUUUAGCUGAUUUGUUUUUAAAUCUUUGUGGUUGGUUUUAAAAGGCAUUUUUUAAAAAAAGAAAAGAUUAAUGUAAAUGGUUUUUACUGUACAUACUGACAAGUCCAUGGCUUGUGAGCCCUUUCUUAGAAGGGGAGUUCUUUCUUCUCUCUUAUGUGGGAGCAAAAGCCUCCUGUGAGGUUAUGCCUACAGCAGCACAUGUGCUAGGAAGGAAGGAAGGAAGGAAGGAAGGAAGGAAGGAAGGAAGGAAGGAAGGAAGGAAGGAAGAUUUGCCUACCAGGAUUAUGUUGUUAAAAUGCAAAUUCAUUCAGAUCAUAGAACUUUAGGAUUGGAAAGGAUCCCAGGGGUCAUGUAGUCCAACCCCCUGCAAUGAAGUUGAUUGAUUCGCUGAUUAAAAGUCAUACAAUUCAUCCACAAAAAGUUCCUUUAUCUGAGUGACAACCCUAAUAAUUCUUGAUUAUAACCAGCAAAGAAGGACAUCUUCUUGUUCCGGUUAACGCAGCAUCAGAUUGCACUAUACAUAGUAGUUUAAUGGAUUGUGAUUUUACAUUAAUCUCCCAUUUCAGCUCUGCCCUGCGCUCAUGAGUUAACUGUGCAUGCAUUUAAAAAAGACAAAAAACCUUCAGAAUUAUUUGUCAAAGACAGCUGAAUUUAGCAUCCUCUAUAAACCAUGCAAAUCAA